AUGAACUCAGAUCUACUUGAACGCAUAGAGACAAUAAGAAAAAGUGUCGAAGACUUUAGCUCGGCAAGACGCCUUCAUAGGCCGCCUUUAAAGGCUCGAAUGAUUAUUAACAAAUACAAAUACAAGACUAAGGCUCCCAGAACGAAGAAAAAUAGGCUCUUACCUGAAAAGUUUCAGAAAGUUGGAGCGCUCUACGAUCGAGUUUGUAAUGUUCCCACGACGCAGUUGCGUGCCCCAAACUUCCACAAUUGUCUGAAAUCUUUGGUUCAAAACUCCCGAAAAUUGACUACUGUUGAAGAUAAAGCCAACCUCGCUGUGAUAGCAGCGGCUGGAUGGUGCACAGUACCGCUCAAAGAAAUUAAGGACUCACAAACCCUCAUUCUUAAAUGCUCAGAGUGCUCUCAGGUGCUGUAUUUGAAAAUUGACGAUUAUUUAAACACUGUGGAGUUUGAACACCAAGCUGCAGAGCUCUUAGCUAAAGCCCAUCACAAUCACUGCUCGAAACACAGAGGCGGUUUCGACAUCAAGCGAGACUACUACCUGAAUCAUGAAAAUUUGUGUUUAGAGUUCCAGAGAGUAAUAGAGGAAUUGCGUAGUACCAGUUCCUGGGACUUGGAUGCGGAAGUUAAGCUCGACUGUGAAAAAUUGGCACCUAUCCGGUCUAUAUUUGGUGUUUCAGACUGCUCUAGUUCGAUUGGAAAAUUGAGUCUCAUUCUGAAGGGCUAUAAAUUUAUCAACAGUCACGUAAUUGAAUGCACCGGAUGCUACCACAGUGCGUUCGUCAAGACCUUCCAAGACCCACAAUUCAACGGCCAUGCCAAAUGGUGCAAAUAUCACAACGAGUCCAAACUUGUCGAAAUGAUGCAUACGCCCGUAAAUGGAACACCAGGGAAUCAGGACAUCGACCAGCGACUAAAGGCUUUGACCGAGUAUUUCAGCGCACCUUGA